UUUGUUAUACUCUAACUGCCGAAAAUCAGUGAGGUUGAUAUAAUAAUGGCUUUGGCUUUUUUCCGCAGCGAACCCAUGGAGCUGUGCCAUUUGUUACUACACAUAGAUGGUGCCUUCGACUAUAUGAUGCAUUUGGGUCACCUGGGUAUGGUCCAGUUCAACAAUGUUUAUGAUGAGGACCGUAUUCUGAAUGGACUCUUCACUAAGCAAGUUCAACAUUGUCAUGAGCUGCUACGCAUUGUGCAGUACCUGAUGGAUCAAAUGGCGCAGGUGGACAUUAAGGAGAUAUUUUAUCCGGACGUGGACGUUGAAAACAUAAUGCGUGAGACUGAUUUGCAGGACUAUGAUCGUCAGUUGCGUGAACUACAGACCAGUGCCCAUCAAGUAAUGGAGCACUACCAUACGCUGGAGAAGCGAAAGUACUAUUUAAUAGAGUGGCGCUUUGCACUGACCAAGGCCGAUCGAUUUUUGGCCAUGGACGGAACAAAAGGUAGUCAAUUACUCUAUUCUGAAAGCACCAUAGGAAGAUUGAUAAAGGAUCAGUCGGACGGCGAGCCAGGCUUGACGAAUCUAAACUAUUUGGUUGGCUCUAUACAUGCCAAUAGGUACGAGGCCUUUGAACUAUUGCUCUUUCGCAUAUUUGGUCGCAACCUGAUACUGCGCCAUGUCGAGCUUCCCGAGCCAGUCAUUGAAGUGCAUGGCAAUCGUAUACAGCUGGUGCGCAAGUAUGUCCUCCUGAUGGUUACUGCCACAAUGAUGUGGCGCCCAAAGCUAAUGAGAUGCUGCCACGCCUUCCACGUCACAAUCUUUGAGUGUCCCGAAACACCAAGUGCUCGGAGACUGAAACUCGAAGAGGUUCAAAAAGAUAUUGACGAUAUAAAUUUAGUCUUAGACGAAUCCAAUCAGCUCAGGGUGCGAGUCCUAAACUUUGCAGCGGCAGAUCUAUACAUCUGGCGCAUUAACUUGCAGAAGGCUAAAAAAAUCUAUGAUCUGUUGAAUCGGAUGAGUCCCGUGGGUGGUAUAGAUCAUCGCAAGUAUCUGCAGGCGGAGUGCUUCGUGCCGGCUUCUCAUGUGAACGAGGUGCGGCAGACACUGCGUAAUACAGCCAAAGAUCACGAUGGUCUUUUUUUCCCACCUAUCUUGCUUAGAAGCAGUCGCAAAAUGAGGCACACACCUCCAACCUACUUUCGUUUGAACAAGUUUACGCAAGGUUUUCAGAAUCUCAUUGAUGCAUACGGCAUGGCGGACUAUAGAGAGAUUAAUCCGGCUCCAUACACGAUCAUUACAUUCCCCUUUCUGUUUGCCAUUAUGUUCGGAGAUAUGGGCCACGGUACUUUAAUGGUAUCCUUUGCCUGCAUACUGAUCCUGCGGGAGAAAUCCAUUGAAACGAAGCGUCGCACGACCACAGACGAAAACGAAAUACUGAAUCUUUUAUAUUCCGGUCGCUAUAUUGUUCUACUUAUGGGUCUAUUCUCCGUUUAUAUCGGCCUGAUCUACAAUGAUACGAUGUCGAAAGCGAUCAACAUCUUUGGCUCAAGCUGGAGUUGCGUCUAUAAUGAAACCGUCAUAGCACAUAUGACAGGCGAGCUCGUAUUCAAUCCAUCUAGUAGACGAUUCUAUUCAGGAAACCCUUACCCGAUAGGCAUGGAUCCCAUAUGGAAGGCCUGCGGCGAGGACUCAAUUACAACUUUCAACUCACUAAAGAUGAAAAUGGCCAUUACAUUGGGCAUAGUCCAGAUGAUGUUUGGUCUGACACUGUCGGCCAUAAACUGUGUCUUACUCAAACGCACGGCCGACUUGCUAUUGAUUGUUAUACCUCAGUUUAUAUUCAUGAUCUGCCUGUUCUGCUACCUGGUAUUUCUUGUUUUCUACAAAUGGGUGACGUACGGUGGCUUGAAAAAAAAACCAUACCACUCCGCCUGCGCACCCUCAGUGCUGAUCACCUUUAUAGACAUGAUGCUGAUGAAAACGACUCAAUUGCCCGAUCCGAAGUGCCCGAAAGGCAUGUUUCCGAAUGAGCGACUGAUCGAGUAUAUCUUGGUUUUUAUAGCAUUUGCCACUGUGCCCGUUCUUUUAGCCGGCAAGCCGAUUUAUUUGACAAUAAAGCAACGGUCGCUAGAGAAGAAGCGAAAACGUGAACGCGAUCUCACCGAACUGAGGCAGAAGGGCCGUGAGGCCAUCAAAGAAAUGCGCACGUCUAUGCGUUACAGCAUCGGAUACGAAGAAAAUACCCCAUCACGUAAACAAUCACAACAAAAGAUGAAAACAGCCAAGGAAGUCGAAUUCGAUAAGUCUGAAAUAUGGAUACACUCAGGCAUUCACACCAUCGAGAGCGUACUCGGCUCGGUAUCGCACACGGCUUCCUACUUGCGUUUGUGGGCCUUGUCGCUGGCCCACGAUCAGCUUUCCGAUGUACUGUGGCACAUGAUCUUGUCCAAAGGAUUACAUAGUCGCAUGCCCCACUACAUUGGCAUUCCAGUUCUCAUAGUGGCCUUUCUUAUCUGGGCAGUCCUUACAGUGGCCAUACUCGUUAUGAUGGAGGGCUUGUCGGCUUUUCUGCAUACGUUGCGUCUGCAUUGGGUUGAGUUUCAAUCAAAGUUCUUUAGUGGGUCUGGCGAAAAAUUUGCACCUUUCUACUUUCCACGCUCCACCAUCAGGGAUUAAUUUUAAUCGAACUGUUGAACAACAUACUUAAAAUUGUUAAAGUGUUUGAAAAUAAAUAUAUGUACAAGUACAAGUUGUACAAGUCCACUGACA